AUGGGCACCACAAAACCUCGCCCUUCCGGCAGGGCCUCCGUCGCCAAGGUCCAAUCUCUCCCCGACAAGACAUUCGUCAUCGAUAAUGGCGCAUACACCCUGAAGGCCGGCUAUGCGCCGGACUCUGCACCUCCAGAGGACCAAUCGAAAGCGCUCGCAGCUUGCACCGAAAUUCCAAAUGCGAUCGUCAAGACCCGUGGCAACAAGAUCUACGUCGGCUCUCAGCUGAACACACAUGUGACGGACUGGAACGAGAUGAUGUUUCGUCGUCCCGUUGAGAAGGGCUACAUUGUCAACUGGGAGGCUCAGAAGGAGAUUUGGGAGUACUCGUUUUUCGAUGAGAAGACCGUGCGCAGUAAGGAUCUGCGGAUUACGGAUCCCGAGGACACGACGUUGUUGUUGACGGAGGCGCCGAAUGCAUUGCCGGCGCUGCAGAAGAAUGCAGAUGAGAUUGUCAUGGAGGAGUGGGGGUUUGGAGGGUAUCUUAGAUGCGUUGGACCAUCGAUGAACGCUUGGAAUGAUGUCCAGUCGCUGUUCGGGGAUCCUAUUGUGCAGGAGGCAAACACAACGGUGUCUCCAAAGGAAUGCUUAUUGGUGGUCGAUUCGGGUUACUCUCACACCACCGUGACACCGAUUUACAAAGGACAGCCGCUUCAACGCGCCAUUCGCAGACUCGACCUUGGUGGCAAGCAUCUUACGAACUACCUGAAGGAAAUGGUUUCAGUACGGCAGUACAACAUGGUGGACGAGACUUAUAUCAUGAAUGAGGUUAAGGAAGCUGUCUGCUUCGUUAGCAACAACUUCGUCGGCGACAUGGAACAGACGUGGAAAGGCAACCGGAAACGCGGCCUGCCAGACCCCAGCGAGGGGGUGAUGGUGGACUAUGUCCUUCCUGAUCCCAAUGCAGGCAAGAAGGGCUUCAUGCGACCGCAUGACGCUCUCUUGAACGCCAAGAAGAGGAAAGGAGGAUUGUCGGGGGCCAGCACGGAAGCACUAUCGGAAGACGCUCUGGUCUUGGGCAACGAGCGCUUCGCUGUUCCGGAGAUCUUGUUCACUCCCAGCGACAUUGGCAUGAAGCAGGCCGGCAUUCCGGAUAUUAUCAUGCAAAGUCUUUCUGUCUUGCCUACCGGACUGCAUCCCGCGUUUCUGGCCAACGUUUUGGUCGUCGGUGGCAAUGCGCUACUCCCAGGAUUUGUGGACAGACUGUAA